GCCAUUUUUAGCAAAAACAUCGAGUUGACUUCCCUAAAAAUAUGCCUCCAAAGGUGAAUCUUGUGACAUCCUAUGUUUAGCAAAGCAAUGGCCACCUCAGAAUCACAUUCAUUCAAUGUUAACUCUAUAAAAGCCCUUGGAUUUGGCAAGCAUUAUCUAUGAAUGAUGCAUGCCCCAUCAUUCAGCAUAAAGAACCAGCAAUGAAACACCUCUGAGGACCCCUCCACAAAGCUGCGUUGUUGCUUCCAGAAACGCUCGUGAAUUCUUAUCAGCAUUUGUGAGCACCGAGCAUGGCUUCAAGGUUUGAGAUGGAAGGAAGCAAGACGACAGAGGAGGUGAAUAGAGAGCAUGAAGAAGAAGAAGAAGAAGAAAUAGAAGAAGAGAGCCCUGUGAAACAAGUGGAACUCACAGUGCCGAAAACCGAUGACCCCAGUUUGCACAUUCUUACAUUCAGAAUGUGGUUUCUGGGUGUUGUAUCUUGUGUGUUGCUUUCCUUUGUGAACCAAUUCUUUUGGUACAGAACUGAGCCUUUGACAGUGACAUCAAUUUCUGCCCAGAUUGCUGUGGUUCCAAUUGGCCAUUUCAUGGCGAGGACAUUGCCGACUCGCGUGUUUUUCCAGGGAUCGCGCUUCGAAUUCUCGCUCAAUAGAGGGCCAUUCAAUGUUAAGGAGCAUGUUCUCAUAACAAUCUUUGCAAAUUCUGGUGCUGGAAGUGUCUACGCUACGCAUAUUUUGACUGCAGUGAAGCUCAUUUACAGAAGAAAACUCGAUUUCCUCCCCGCAAUAUUGCUCAUGCUCACCACUCAGGUGUUGGGAUUUGGCUGGGCAGGACUGUUUAGGAAAUUUCUGGUUGAGCCAGGGGAGAUGUGGUGGCCUUCUAAUCUAGUACAGGUCUCAUUAUUCAGGGCUCUACACGAGAAAGACAAGAGACUGAAAGGAGGCACAACCCGCACUCAGUUCUUCGUCCUUGUCUUGAUCUCUGCCAUGGCAUACUAUGUGUUGCCUGGCUACUUGUUUCAAAUGCUGACAUCUUUCUCUUGGGUAUGUUGGUUUGCUCCCAAGUCUAUCCUAGUCCAACAACUUGGUUCUGGCAUGAAGGGUCUUGGCAUUGGUGCACUUGGAUUUGAUUGGUCUGUGAUAUCUUCGUACCUUGGUAGUCCACUAGCUAGUCCAUGGUUCGCCACUGCAAAUGUUGCUGUUGGAUUUUUUAUGGUCAUGUAUGUGAUGACACCACUUGCUUACUGGACAAAUACUUAUGAUGCCAAGACGUUUCCAAUAUUUUCAAGUAAACUUUUUAUGGGAAAUGGUUCAGAGUAUAAAAUUGAUUCUAUUGUGGACUCCAAUUUCCAUCUUGAUCGUGAGGCUUAUUCAAAGAGCGGGACUUUACAUCUCAGCACAUUCUUUGCAAUGACUUAUGGCCUUGGAUUCGCGGCGCUUUCUGCUACGAUAGUGCAUGUUCUGCUCUUUCAUGGAAGGGAAAUAUGGAUGCAGAGCAAAAGGGCAUUUGGAGAUAAUAAAAAAAUUGACAUACACACUAGACUUAUGAGGAGGUACAAAUCAGUCCCCCAGUGGUGGUUUCACAUCAUUCUAGUGUUGAACAUAGCUCUGAUUCUUUUUAUCUGUGAGUACUUCAACGAAUCACUUCAAUUACCUUGGUGGGGUGUGUUGCUAGCUUGUGCAAUUGCCAUUGCCUUCACUCUUCCAAUCGGUAUUAUAGCAGCCACUACAAAUCAGCAACCAGGUUUAAACAUUAUAACAGAAUACAUCAUUGGUUACAUGUAUCCAGAGCGCCCUGUGGCUAACAUGUGCUUUAAGGUGUAUGGUUACAUUAGCAUGGCUCAAGCACUAACAUUCUUGGGAGACUUCAAGCUCGGUCACUAUAUGAAGAUUCCACCAAGAACAAUGUUCAUGGCACAGGUGGUGGGAACAAUCAUAUCAGUAGUUGUGUACACUGGAACUGCAUGGUGGUUGAUGGGGACAAUCCCUGACCUUUGUGAUGCUUCAAAAUUACCAACUGAUAGCCCUUGGCUAUGCCCAAUGGACAACGUCUUCUAUGAUGCAUCUGUUAUCUGGGGUCUUCUAGGACCACGAAGGAUAUUUGGAGACCAAGGUGUAUAUGGCAAAGUGAAUUACUUCUUCCUUGGUGGAGCCAUUGCUCCUCUUCUAGUUUGGCUUGCUCACAAGGCCUUCCCAGAUAAAGAAUGGUUACGCCUGAUUCACAUGCCUAUCAUGCUUGGUGCUACAUCAAUGAUGCCCCCUGCCACUGCAGUUAACUACACUAGUUGGUUACUCGUCGCGUUUCUCUCAGGGUAUGUGAUAUUUAGGUACAAACAACAAUGGUGGACGCGCUACAAUUAUGUUAUGUCUGGUGGUCUUGAUGCUGGAACUGCCUUUAUGACAAUCUUGCUGUUUCUUACACUCAAUGGCAUUAGUAUUGACUGGUGGGGAAAUGGUAAUGUAGAUGGGUGCCCCUUGGCUCGUUGUCCUACUGCAAAGGGCGUUGCAGUUGCAAGUUGCCCUGUGCAAUGAUCACUACUUCAUGAACCAUGAUUCUUUAUUUAGGUACAUUUUGUAUGUGCCAAUGUAUAAAAAAAAGUAUCGUUUACUUUUUAUCUUGAAGUGAGUGUCACCGUCCGUUUAAUUGAUAUUCAACUGUUUCUCUUGAGACAUCUUCCUAAUUCCUACAACGCUAAUCACCAUCCUAUAUAGCGCGCAUCAUCAAAGCAUCCUGGUCUCCCAAAUCCUGCUCACAUUGCUGGUCUUGAAUCAUCUUGACUUGUACUUUCUUUAUUUAGAGUAAGAGAAAUGCUAGCAACCCUUCAUGAAGCCCCACUAGCUUCCACCUCUGCAUAGGAAAAGCAAGAAAUCCUUAUCACUACAAGUGAAGUGAACUAGCUAAAGUAUGUGUGUGCUCUCCAUCCUUUCAUAAUUGGAAGUUGAACCUCUUAAACUUGUAUAAUAUUUGAGAUUGAGAACA